AUGGCCUCGUUGCCCCUUCAACCACUGCAAAUACCGCCUUUGACUUCGGACGACGCAUGCGGCAGUAGCAGUAGUAGUGUCAACAGCAUAACAGACUGCGACAGCCACUCCGAACAGCAUGACCAGGAGCGCAUUGCCCUUGACGUCCCUCCUGCUUCUGCGCCCGUUGCCCUCUCAAUAGAUGCCACGCAGAGCACUCAUUUGGACUCUGUCCAUGCUGCUGCAUCUUCACGCUUCUACCCUCUACUCCCCGUUGCUGUUAAAAGUCUCGACAUGCACUGCUCGUAUGGCAACACUACUUCGCAUAACACAUUUGUGCAUUCUAACGGUGUUCGACGCCCUGCUCUCACACUUCACGCUAAAUCUUCUACACAAUCACUUCGACCCGUGUCAAGGACACCCAGUCUCAAAGCACGGAGCAUUUGCAACCCUUUCGGAUCGACCUCAGCCACCAGUUCCACUGUUCCCAGCCCAGUUAUCUCUGCCAUGGGCGAAGUCACACCUCUCCCGUCGCCCCUUCUGGGCAGCGACUCCCCGACCCCGUGGAAACACCUGAUGGGCAGGAAGGCAUCUCGCGACACUUCCUUUGCCUGCCCGACUCCUAGUCCUGACGUUGACGGCGCUCCUUCUGCGACGCCGUCGAGAUCAGCAUCCAUCAAAAAGCCGUAUGCGGGGCUUACCACAUGGCCCACGCUCGACAACACUCCUGAGGAGAGCCAGCCCGCGACUCCUGUCAAACCAGCGUCUGGGCACACGCGAAACCGGAGCAUCAGCGACUAUCGCCCAGACUCUGUGCUGAUUCCUAAGCGUACGCCAACGGUGUCGGGCACUCGCCCCAAAGACAUCAACCCCAAGUCUGUGGCUGGCGAUGGUCAUUUGCGCCGAGAGCCCCACCUCGCCGGAGCGCGGGGUCUGACGUCGAUCGAAAAGCCGCCAACCCCACCACCGAGCGAGUCAUCGCUCAGUAUUGCCGAUUCGGGCUACAUGACUAGUUCCGGAUCCAGCAACCCCCCGUGCAUCAGCAAAUCUGCCGACGUCGAGUAUUUCGAGGCCUAUGAUCGCUAUGACAGCAAGCUUCGCCGCUGGCGUGCCAUCCGGGUUCUCGGCCAGGGCACCUUCAGCCAGGUCGUCCUUGCCACCAGCCAAACGACAGCAACGGCCCCGGAUGAAGAUGGCACCGGCGCCCAUGCCGACGUUUCUUCGCCAUCCAAACAUGACCGCCGUUCGCUCGUUGCAGUCAAGAUCUGCGAGCACGGUCCCCGGGGCGGUGCAUCCGAGCAGCGCAUCGAAAUGAGUCUCAAGCGCGAACUUGAGAUCAUGAAAGAUAUUCGGCACCCCUCGCUUGUGCACCUGAAAGCUUGGAAUAUCGAUCAAUCCCGCGCCAUCCUGGUUCUCAGCUACUAUCCAGGCGGCGAUCUCUUCGACCUCGCCUCCAACCAUCGAGACAUUCUCACCCAAUCUCUGCUGCGCCGCAUGUUCUCCGAGCUUGUCGGAGCAGUCAGAUACCUUCACGACAGAAACAUCGUCCACCGCGACAUCAAGCUCGAAAACGUUCUUGUCAAUCUCCCCGCCAAGGAGCUCGCCGAUUCUGACAUGGAUUGGACCACCUAUCCCUAUCCAGUCGUCACCUUGACCGACCUCGGUCUCUCGCGCCGAGUGGCCCCCGACGAAAAGCUUGAAACUCGGUGCGGCUCGGACGACUAUGCUGCUCCUGAAGUCAUCAUGGGCCAACCCUACGACGGCCGCGCCACCGACGCCUGGUCCCUUGGCGUCCUCCUUUACGCCCUGAUGGAGUCGCGUUUGCCUUUCGACCCACCUCCCAAUCUCGUAGGCGAUUAUGCCGUUCAUAUGCGCAUGCGGUCUCGGACGAGCCACCGAAUCGCCCGUGUCGAAUGGCGCUGGUACUUGUAUGGCGUCGACGACGGACACCAAGACGACGCUGACGGUGACCACGACGCUGACCCCGCCAAGUUUGCUGCUGCCGGCCUGCAAGGGGCUUGUGAAGCUGUUGAGGGCCUGCUCAAGCGUGCCCGGAAUCGCUGGCCACUAGCUAAGAUUGCCGAAAUCGAAUGGGUCAAGGGUGGCAUCAACGUCCCUGGAGGGAUACGAUUCCGAGAAGAGGAGGAAGGCGAAGAAGUUUUGGCUCAGUGA